AUGAAUCUGAAUUACGAAUAUAUUGCUGCUCAUAUCAGUGAUUAUAUUCAAAAUGAAAACUUUUUUGAUACAUUCGAUAUCAGUGACAUCAAAGCAAUCAUGAAAUAUUCACGUUUGACAGCAGAUCAGUACGUUAGUCUUCUUCAACAGUCUUCAUCAAGUCUCACCUCCAAAGAUAUAUAUAUCAGUACACGAAAGGCGAAUGUUACUAUCCAAAAUUUUGAAGAUGUCGUUUCAAUUCUUAAGAUCGUCAAAAAGUACAUGAAAUUCAAUGUAUUUGAUGGAAUCAUUGAUUUUAUCAACGAAAACAACAAACAAUUGCUUGAUUCUACAAAAGAAAUCAAAAAACUUCAAACAGAAAUAAAAGCAUUACAAAAUCAAAUACAAAAUGCUUCCAAAGAAACUACAACAACUCAAAUUAAUGAAUCACAUAACUCUUCUAAAGAAUUUUUAGACAAACUCUCAUUCCUUAAGGAAACCAAUGAUUUUUAUAGUGUUUACAAAUUCUUUGAAGAGCUUUCAUCUGAAGGCAAUCGCGAAAUGAUUUCAAAGGCUUGUGAAGAAGGACUUUGGAAGAAGACAUAUUAUAAUGAAAAUAAUGUACUUCAUUUGGCAAGUGAAAGAGGAAAUCUUAAUCUUGUCAAAUCACUUAUUGAAUGUGGCUGUGAUAAAGAAGCAAAUGACCUAUAUGGAUAG